UAAAAAUUUGGGCUUUUGUUUCAAUUGGAUGUGCGGCUGAACACAUAGCACGUAUGGAUGCACAGAGCGUCUCUCUCAAGAAGUUAAGGCAUCAGAGCAAAAUGGUUAAACCUUCCCUGAAGAUUACAGACUACCAUGUCCACUGCACUGUGAUGUCCCGCUAUGCUCUUACCACUGUGGAGAGUACAGUAUGGAACCAAUUCCAUCUCACCAAGGAGGCAGCCUUUGAAGUAGAUUUACCUGCCUCUGCCUUCAUUUCUAACUUCACCAUCACAUCUGGAGGUAAAGUGUAUGUGGCCCAAGUGAAGGAGAGAGCAGCUGCCAGGAAGUUCUAUGACGCUGCAAAGAAGCAUGGGAAGAUAGCAGGACUUGUUGCCACCAAGGAGCGGGAGACUGAGAAGUUUCGAGUGGUGGUCAGCAUGCCUCCUGCAAUACACAUGUCCUUCUCAAUUUCUUACGAGGAGUUGUUGACACGGCGACUAGGUCGCUAUGAGCUUGCUUUGGGUCUGAGGCCUGGGCAGCCUGUGCAGAAUCUUUCUGUGGAUAUCACAAUAGCAGAACAAUCAGGAAUCAGCUUCAUGAAAGUCCUACCACUCAGGACCAGCCGACUACUCAGUAGUACUGUUCAAGCUGAGGCCGAAGUGCCACCCUCCACUCAGGUGCAACAGAAUCCGUACUGUGCUCACAUUCAUUACAGCCCCACAUUGGAACAGCAGAGGAACCUCUCCCCCAAAGGCCUCAAUGCAGAUUUUGUCAUCCAGUAUGAUGUGGAGCUAAAAGAUCUUAUGGGAGAUAUCCAGGUGCUUGAUGGCUACUUUGUUCAUUACUUUGCCCCACGUGCACUACCGGUAGUUUCUAAAGAUGUCAUCUUUGUCAUUGACAUUAGUGGUUCCAUGAUUGGUAAUAAGAUCAAACAGACCAAGGCAGCCAUGUCUACUAUUCUGGAUGAACUACGUGAGGGUGACUACUUCAAUCUUAUAACAUUUUCGGAUAAAGUGCACACUUGGAAGAAAGGCCGCACUGUACAGGCCACAAAGCAGAACAUACAGGAAGCAAAGGAAUUUGUCAGGAAAAUAAGUGCAGAGGGCUGGACAAACAUUAAUGCAGCUCUCCUCUCCGCAGCCCAUUUGGUGAACCCUUCCUCAUCCUCAUCUGCUAGCCAUUCUUUAUCACCACGACGAGUUCCCAUGAUCAUCUUUCUGACUGAUGGAGAAGCCACAAUAGGAGUAACUGCGCAAGAUGCCAUUCUGCACAAUGCGCAGAGUGCCCUUGGCUCAGUCUCACUGUUUGGACUGGCAUUCGGUGAUGACGCGGAUUUCCCUUUGCUGAAACGUUUAGCCCUGGAGAACCGUGGGAUAGCACGGAUGGUAUUUGAGGAUGCUGAUGCUGCACUCCAGUUGAAGGGUUUCUAUGAUGAAGUGGCUAGUCCACUGUUGUCAGACAUCCAGCUUUCCUACCUUGAGGACCAAGCUUACGAUGUCACACGUGUUCUUUUCCCUAACUAUUUCCAGGGCUCAGAACUGGUGGUCACUGGGAAGAUUAAGUCAGGUGUGCAAGAGAUGCAAGUCUCACUCACAGCAAAUGACUCAAAGCAGAAGUUGAAGGUAGAGAGCAAAGCUAGGUUGGCUAAGUCUAAGGGAAAUGAGACAGCAACAUUUCUGGAUUGCAAAGGGAGUCUGGGAGGCAUCUAUAGCUUUGUGCAGCGCCUCUGGGCAUAUUUCACUAUCAAGGAGCUCCUGCUAGCCAAAAUCAACAGCACAGAUUCACUGGCACAACAAUUGCUAGCAGAGAAAGCAACCAAUCUUUCACUUAAAUACAACUUUGUUACUCCUGUUACCUCUUUGGUGGUGGUUAAACCGGACACUGACAAGUAUCCAACAUCUAUAUCUUCCAUUCCAACCAGUCCUGUUACCACCACUACGGAAAGUGUAAUGAGCACAGUGACACAGACUUUUAGUGCAAAUCCUAAAACUGUCUCAAUUGCUGCAGCAGGGACCAAAAAGUCCAAAUCCAUCUUGGCCCUGAAGAUAGCUAAACGUCCUCUCACCAAAUCUCCUCAACAACAUGUGCCAUCUCCAGGGCUGCACACCACAGGACACCCAGCAAACACUGUUUCUCCAGGCAAACACUUGCCACCUUCAUCUCUGAAGAGCACCACAACUUUAUUACCCAGCACAAAUAAAACCAUCUCUGCCAAAAUCUCCAGUAAGGCUUCUACCACUAUGAGCACAAUGUUGAGCUUGCAUAACUCCAGCAGUACAGCCACUCCACCCACCAAGGUUUUCACCACCCUUCCUAGCAUUGCUGGAAGUACUACUUCUUUGCCUACUAAAUCUAUGACAACACCCAGCUCAGUGAGACCUCUAGUCCUCCCUGUGGGGAAAUUCACCUCACCUGACAGUGAAAACUCCACAGCUGAAGUUCCUAGCCUCCAGGAACUAGGUCUCCCGGCGGUUUCUUUAUACAAACCCCAACCUGCAGAUCCUAACCUAGACAUGAAUGUGGAUCUGGAUAUUCCCAUCCUUGUGGCUGCCACUUUUGCCCCCAUGCCAGGCAUAACAGACGCACCUAAGCCAUGGGAAGCUUCUGGAAUUUUAGAUGUUUCUACAACCAUCCAAUUUGAGACAAAAGGUAAAUCAGUCAAUCUGCUAGCAGAGUAUGAUGUCCCAUAUGACUACGACUACACCAUUCUUUAUGAUUUGUAUUCUGAUACAGAGACAGCUGACAACCCCAGUACAAGUUCAGUGUUCUCUUCCUCAGUGGAUGGAGACCCCCAUUUUUUUGUAAAGUUGCCAAAUUUGCAGCAGAAUCUGUGUUUUACUGUUGAUGGUAGGGCAAAUGAUGUCUUGCGUCUUCUGGAGGACCCAGAAAAAGGCAUUAUAGUGGAGGGUCAUUUGAUUUUGGCGCCUACAAAACGUGGCGUAGAGGAGCAUACCCGCACCUUUUUUGACAAGAUAACCAUCAAAAUUGCAAAAGGUGGCAUCAGUGUCACACUGAUGAUAGACUCUGUGGUAGUGAAGGGAGAGGGACUCCACAGUCUUCCCACCACUCAGCAGGGAUCUGUGACAUAUUUAGACUUGAAGAUUGUACUUGAUGGACACCAGAGCUGUUGGAUUGACUUUGGGAAAGGCAUGCUGUUCCUGGUGGUCUUUCAUCGCUAUAGUCACCCCAGCUACUAUCAGAUGGAACACCUAGGAUUCUAUAUUGCUGAUGGCGAGGGGCUGUCUUCUCUCACACAAGGGCUACUAGGCCAGUUCCAGCACAGCCACAUGGAGGUUGUGAGGAUAAUGGACAGCCAUGGAGCUGGGUUCCACCAUGCUCAGACCAGCAAGAACACUUCUCUGGCCAUGGGCCUGCUGAUGAAAGGAAACCAACACAUUCCAGUGACUUUACAGGAUAAGAACCUGAAGAUCACGCCAAGUAAACGCCUCUUGGCCCAGUGCUGGGUUGUGCCCAAAGUGGAAGUGGAGCGUCUCUUGGGUCAUUCCUAUGAAAGCUAUUUGGUGGAUCACCUGUAAAAUGUAUCCUAGAAAGCAAUCAAAAAAUGCUAAGUUAAUGGAUACUAUCACACUGCUGGACAGCUCAUGACUUUACAGAAUCAUAGCACUUGUGAAGUAUUGUACACAGUAUUUUAUAUAGCAGGACUGAACGCUUGUUCAAAGUGGCUUAAAAGGAGAAUUAAAACAGUAGAGUUCAAUAGUUUUAUUUAAAAUUAAAUAAAAAUCAUGUGCCUCAUCAUUGCCCACAAUACUGA